AUGCCUAGCUAUGUGAAAUUCCUCAAGGACAUACUCACCAACAAGAGGAAGAUUGGGGAGAAUGAAACGGUCGCAUUAACAUAUGAAUGUAGUGCGCUUUUUCAGAACAACAUCCCCACUAAAAUGAAAGAUCCAGGGAGUUUCACAUUGCCAUGCUUAAUAGGGGGAAAAGAAGUCGGAAAUGCACUGUGUGACUUAGGGGCAAGUAUAAACUUAAUGCCCUUGUUAAUCUUCAAAAAGUUAAAUUUCGGCAACGCAAGACCUACCACAGUUACGUUGCAAUUGGCCGAUAGAUCAUUAAUGCAUCCCGAGGGCAAAAUAGAAGAUGUACUUGUGCAAGUGGAUAAGUUCAUCUUCCCUACUGACUUUAUCAUAUUGGAUUAUGAAGUUGAUAUUGAGGAGGAAGCACUUAUUCAGAUCCUUAAGAACAAUGCAAAAGCCUUGGGAUGGACCUUAGCGGACAUUCGAGGGAUCAGUCCUUCAUAUUGCAUGCAUAAGAUUCGACUUGAAGAAGGAAAAACAGGAUCUAUAGAGAGGCAACGCCGUUUGAACCCUGCCAUGAAGGAGGUUGUGAAGAAAGAGAUUGUGAAGUAG